AUGGCGGCGCUCAGUGGCGGCGGGACGCGAUGGCGGCGGGGCUGGCUGCCCGCCCUGCAGCUGCUGCGGCGCGGCUCCAAGGCGGUGACGCGGCACUGGAAGGCCGUGCACUUCCAGCGGCAGAAGCUGCUGGCCCUGACCGAGUCUGCCCCGCGGCCCGCCCUGCCCCCGCGCUGCCUGCCCCGGCCCGGCCCCCGCCAGCAGCAGGAGGACGGCUAUGCCCGCGUGCUGCGUGCCCAGCUGGAGGCCACGCUCCGUGCCAGCCGCAUGGUGGCCGUGUGCCAGUACAACGCCAUGGCCGACGAGGACGUGGCCACGCUGCGGCACUUCCUGCGCCGCCACGACAUCCACGUCAAGUUCGUGCUCAACGAGGUUGCCCGGCCGGUGCUGGCGCAGUCCAAGCUCAGGAACCUGCUGCCGCUGUUCGUGUGCAGGAACAUCCUGCUGGUGAGCGCGGAGCCGCGCGCCAGGGAGAUGCUGCGCGUGCUCAAGGGGGUGCCACAGGUCACCCUGCUGGGCGCCUGCAUCGACGACACCAUCCUGAGCCGGCAGGGUGUGGAGCAGCUGGCCCGGCUGCCGCCGCUGGAGGUGUCGCAGGGCCAGACGGUGGCCGCGCUGUCCCUGCUGCCCUCGCAGACCUGCUCCCUGCUGCAGCGCGGCCCCGCGCUCCUGGCGGCGCUCCUGGAGCAGCACCUCCGGCGGCUGCGGGGCGCGGGCGGAGCCGCGGAGCCUGCCCCGGGCCCCGUUACCGGGAGCCACUGACGCUGGGAGCUGGGAACCAGCUCCUUCCCCGGCCACGGGAAACGGGGAGCCCCCCGGAUGAGGGCUUGGGGGGUCAUGGACACAAUUCCCAUGGGAUUCUCCAGCUCCACAGCGCGGGGUCAGGGGCUGGGGGUUUGGCACCGAGGGUCCUGCGGCCCCCCCAGCCCCGCAGGGAGUCGUGGCCAUUCCCUUGUGCUCCCUUGGGAUCGUCCCAGCAGCGUUCCAGCUGUGAGCGGGGUCUCUGGGAGCAGCCGGAGGAGGAGGAGGAGCGCGGGUGGGCCCUGCAGGGGGGUCUGGGGCACUCCCACCCGGUGCCUUCGGGACGGGGCCCGGGCUCCCUGUCCUGCCCAUUAAAGCGUCCGUG